UUCAUUUAAUCCUCUGCUUUCCAAUGGAAGCGUGGAAGAAGCUUUAGCUGUAAGGAUAGAGUUAGGGUUUAGAAGCGCAUAAUGGGAUCCGAGAAAAAGGACGACGAGCUUCGAGAGCGGAUCGAGGCUGUUCUACGAAUUUUGAAGAAACAAACUCCUCUGUCCUUAAAGCAGGAAAAGUUCUGCAAUGAUGCUUGCAUCGACCGUUUUCUGAAAGCAAAAGGGGAGAAUGUGAAGAAGGCGGCAAAGCAUCUCAAAGCAGUUAUGUCUUGGAGAGAAGCCAUUGGAACGGAGCAUUUAAUAGCGGAUGAGUUCUCAGCCGAGCUGGCAGACGGCGUAGCAUAUGUGUCAGGCAAUGACGACGAGGGCCGCCCAGUCUUGAUUUUCCGCAUAAAACAGGAUUACUCCAAAGUCCACUCUCAGAAAUCAUACAUUCGGCUGCUGGUAUUCACGCUGGAAGUUGCCAUCUCCACCAUGCCGAGAUUUGUAGACCAGUUCAUUCUCAUCUUUGAUGCCAGCUUUUUCAGGUCGUCGUCGGCUUUUCUCAACCUCUUCAUGUGCACGCUGAAGAUCGUCGGCGACUACUAUCCCGGUCGACUCCACAAAGCCUUUGUCGUCGACCCUCACUCCCUUUUCCACUAUCUAUGGAAGGGAGCUCGUCCCUUCGUAGAAUUAUGGCCCAUGACUGCUGUGGUCUCUUCCCAAGGCUUCGAAUCCGCCGCAGAAGACUCCAUCUUCACCUCCCAACCCCGCACCACCUCUCUCCGCUUCGACCCCUCUCCGAAGCUCUCAGCUUCGGCCUCCUCCGCUUCCUCCAGAUUCUCCUUCACCGUCUCCCAAUUCGAUUCCUUAAAACCAUGGUACCUCAGCAUGACCAACACCCGCACCGCCGUAGCUCCAGCAAGCCCCUCCCUAGUCGGCGCAACUCAUCUCUCCGCCAGAUCCCACUCCUUCGCCUCCCCGGCGGCGAGAUCCGCCACUCGCCUAAGCGUCCCUUCUACACCUUCCUCGACGCUGCCGAGGACUCCGAGGCCAUCGUUCCUUCAGUCUCCGUCAUCCCUACUAUUCCCGUUCAAGAAGGAAGGAGCGGCCGGAAACAGAGCGGCGCGGGACAGGGAUGCAUUUGCUCCGUUCGUAAGAUUCUACCGGCGGCCGUAUGAUGAGAUGGUAUACCGCGGGAAGAUGAAGGCGCCGCUCGGCGGUCUCGUAUCCAUCGUUUCGCCUAACGUAAAGAUGCAACGCCGGCACGGCGGUCAGCACCAAAGGAUUUGAUUUUAGUUAAUAGUUAGUGAUAAAUGAACUUGUAAGCGCUUGUUUUGUUAUUCAUCAUAAGUCAUGUUUAUGUAAAAUAAACCGAGAUUACGCAGCGUAAUUGCGAGGUUAUGCCAAUAAAUUUGAACAUCGGGUGAGUGGCGAGCGCGCCGCGUGCCUUGGAAGGCGGAGGACCGACGGCGUGGUUGGGACGUUCGGUGGCUCUCGGCUUUCGGAAUUCCAUAAAUGUUUUUUAUUGGAAGACACGGCGUUUGGUCGGUUUCGGUGAUGCAAAAGAGGAAAA